CAAGUUUUUUAACUCCUUGGUCGCGCCUCGCGCGGUUCGUCACGCUUCAGGCUUCACACACGCAGCGCGGCUGCCGGCUGGGCACCAAGGCGAAGUUAAUCAAAAGCUCGACCCGCUCGUCCAUGCGUAACCAUCGUUAAGCUCUCCUCUCAUAUACAUAGCUCCGGAGGCCAAUAUAUCGGCCAUGCCGCACCGCCGCCGCCUCCACAACCUCGCGCCUCCGCUCCCGCCGCCGCCUCCUCCGCCCCCGACCGCCUUCGACCUCGCCGAGGACCCUUGGCUGCCGCUCCUCGCCGACUACCCGCGGCUCCAUGAUCCCGCCGGCGCGCCGCCGCCAUCGACGUCCCCGGCGCAGUGGAGCGCCGCCUUCACCGACACCGCGACGUCGUCCGCCACCACCGCCACGGCGGCGGCUGGCUGCUGCUGCUCCUCCUCCUCCACCACCCUGCCGGCGCCGGCCGUAGCGGGCGACACCUGGGUCCGCCGCUCCAGGGAGGGCUACCACCUGCAGCUCUCCCUCGCCAUCCGCAUCACCUCCGAGGCCUUCCUCGCCGGCGUCCCGCCCGAGCUCCUCCUCCGCCGCCUCGGCCCCGGCCCCGCCGUACAGCACGCGCCGGAGCAUCACGCCGCCGCCGAUUCCCCCGCCGUCUCCUACCGGCUCUGGGUGAACGGGUGCCUGGCGUGGGGGGACAAGAUCGCGCAUGGGUUCUACAACAUCAUCGGGGUCGACCCGCACCUGUGGGCGGCGUGCAACGCGGAGGAUGGCCGGCGGCUGCCGACGCUGGCGGCGCUGCGGGGGGUGGACGCCAGCGACCAGUCGUCGCUGGAGGUGGUGCUCGUAGACAGGUGCGGCGGCGACCCGGCGCUCGUCGACCUCGAGCGGCGCGCGCUGCAGCUCCACCGCGCGCUCGGCGCCACGCUCGACCUCGUCCGCCGCCUCGCCGUCCUCGUCUCCGACCACAUGGGGGGUGCACUGAGAUCGGAGGACGGGGACCUGUACAUGCGCUGGAAGUCAGUCAGCAAGCGUCUGAGGACGCAGCAGAAGAGUGUCGUUGUCCCCAUCGGGCGACUGUCCAUUGGGUUCUGUAGGCACCGUGCUAUUCUUUUCAAGGAGCUAGCAGAUUUCAUCGGCCUGCCAUGCCGGAUCGCACAAGGUUGCAAAUACUGCUCCGCACCUCACCGAUCCUCUUGCCUUGUCGAAAUCGACAACGAGAGAAGAUAUUCAAGGGAGUACGUCGUGGACCUCGUUGUUGUGCCAGGGAGCAUCUGCAACCCAGACUCGUCCAUCAACGGGGAGCUGCUCUCCUCUGUGUCUUCGCCUUUUAAGACUAGUUGUACGACAAUUUUAGCAACUUAUGCGGCACCGGCUGCAUCUUGGAACCAUGCGAUUGGUGACGACCAUCACAACUCGAUACACUCAAAUUCUCACUAUCCAGCAGUUGCCGGGGAGAAGAACUAUGAUCAGUUAGCCACCAAUGAAGGUGUGUUGAAAUGUGGUCUGGUCACGCAGAACAGCAACACGUCAGUGUUUGAAGUGUCGAAACAAUUGAAUGGGUUGGAGAUCGGUAAUGAAGAUGUCAAUAAGGAGAACAUCCCAGGUGUUAUACUGCCGAGACGCCUAAUUGUUGAGCCAUCUUUCGCCAUGGACUGGCUUGAGAUAUCAUGGGAUGAGCUUGAGCUGAAGGAACGCGUAGGCGCUGGUUCUUUUGGUACCGUUCAUCGAGCUGACUGGCAUGGUUCUGAUGUUGCAGUAAAAGUGCUUACAGACCAGGAUGUCGGUGAAGCUCAGCUGAAGGAAUUCCUUAGAGAGAUCUCAAUCAUGAAACGGGUUCGCCAUCCAAACGUUGUAUUGUUCAUGGGUGCUGUGACAAAAUGCCCACAUUUGUCGAUAGUAACGGAAUAUUUGCCUAGAGGUAGCCUCUUCCGUCUCAUCAACAAGGCAGCCGGUGGGGAAAUGCUCGAUUUAAGGCGGCGGCUGCGCAUGGCAUUAGAUGUUGCAAAAGGCAUCAACUAUCUCCAUUGCCUGAACCCUCCUAUUGUACAUUGGGAUCUGAAGACACCAAACAUGCUGGUGGAUAAGAACUGGUCUGUGAAGGUAGGUGACUUUGGCUUGUCCAGAUUUAAGGCGACCACCUUCAUAUCAUCCAAAUCAGUCGCUGGAACACCAGAAUGGAUGGCACCAGAGUUUCUCCGUGGUGAGCCAUCUAACGAGAAAUGCGACGUGUAUAGCUUCGGUGUGAUCUUGUGGGAGCUGGUAACGAUGCAGCAACCAUGGAGCGGCUUAGGCCCGGCACAGGUGGUAGGAGCGGUUGCAUUCCAAAACAGAAGGCUUCCGAUCCCAAAAGAUACCAUCCCAGAACUCGCUGCUCUUGUUGAAUCAUGCUGGGAUGAUGAUCCAAGGCAGCGCCCUUCAUUUUCGAGCAUUGUGGAUACGCUAAAGAAGUUACUCAAGUCAAUGCUCGUAGCCGGUUCAUGAAGAGUUCAGCAGAUUGCUAGUUUCACAUUUUUCUCUCCUCUUUCUGUCAGUAAAUGUUAAUAAUAUACAGCGAGGAACAAGGAAUAUGAUCCCUCUCUGCAGAUGGUAGUUGAAGCAGCACAAGCGAAAUGCUGCAUCGAGUUUGUUAGCUCUCUGGUGGGCUUUAUUCAGUGAUGUCCUCUAGUAAUCGAAGCUCUUUGCAGGGGUCCAAAAAUGUCCGAUAUCUUUUCAAAUGUUUCUACUGGUUGAGCAAUACUGCAGCAGUGCUGUUGUCGAAGAGAAAGGGAAAUCAAUUUGAUAUUGAAUUGUUGACAACAA